CUAGAUUGAUACUAGACUCGGUAUCAUUACGACGAGUACGGCAAUAGAAACGAUGAACUUGUAUGAUACUUGAAGGGAAUAUACAAUUAGCUUUAUCUUGGCUGCAGUAGCCCUUUCAUUUGAUACCUGUCGUUUUCUGUACUCAACACCAAUUUACCAGACAAAGAAGACUGUGGGGAGACAUUCACCCCCCCCCCUAAAAGGUUGUCUUUAAACCUUUCUGUUCUUUUUUUUGAAGAACCUUGUUGGUUUGAUAUUUUUGGCAGUAGUGGACUGAUAUACCGAACAGCAAAGUGGAUUUAACGGGACCGUCGCCGCUGUCCACCUUAUCUCCAAGAUGCUAAUGGUGUCUCCGCGGUUACCAGUCGACACACCUCGCAUGGAGCCCGUACUGUCUGGAUCACUGAAGAGGAGGCUGACUGCGACCGAGGGGGCCUACCAGGGAGGUUUACGGCAGGGCCAAGGGCCCGGUAACGGCCCAGGUCUUGGUCUGAACGGUACCUCCUACGGUACCUCCAUGACCCAGGGUCCUGGGGUGCCCGCCAAGCGACUCUGCCUGGAGGAUGUGACCCUCUCCAUGGGUAGCAGCUUCCAGCAGAGUCCUUACUCUAGAGGACAGAGUUCUGGAGGUCAUGGGGGUCCUGGAAGUCAGGGAUCACUGGAAGGUAACAGGCCGGGGAACGGUAACCCCGGGCUGGGGUCGCCUUACUCAAUGCCCCCUAAGGCGAGUCCAGGGUCUGCGGGUGUUGGUGGAGGACAUUUUCACCCCAAUGGAAGCUCCUCGUCGGCCCCAUCGGUUGAGCAGGAGCUGCAAGAUAUUCUGGAUGAACUGACUAAGAACCCGGAUCCGUCGUUGACGGAGUUGGAUCUUGACAAGAUACUGGGGAAUAAAGAGGAGCAGAAUCAGAAUCAAGGGCAUGGGCCAGGGUAUAUCCACCCACACUCGCCCAAACGCUCCCCCCAGAGACCCACCUCUCACCUGGAGAGCCACCUCACCCGUUCCCCAGGCUUUCCCCAGGCCGGGUCUCCCCAAGUAGGCCCGAGUCCGGCUGGAGCUCCCUACUCCAUCCCCCACCCCUCCAAACCAGUCCCCUCACCCCUAUCGGCUUCUCCUCAUCACUCCUCUUCAUCCCAGAAUCAAGCUCGUUCUCCAAUGCUCUCAGCCGCCCUUUCGUCUCGACCCGGUUCCACGUGGCACGAAGUAUCGCGAGCCCAACAGCUCCAGCAAAUGGCGUCCAACUCCAACAAACACCUUUCUUCUAACACCCCUAUCCAGCAGAACCAGUCCCAGAACCAGACCCAGGCCUCUAUCCCUCCUCUAUCCCAGCAAGGCUCACCCUGGGGCAGCCAGAAACUGUCCAACCUCCCCAACUCCUCCCCACUCCACCAGCAACCAUUCAGCCCGGCUGGAAGCAUCCAGAGCCCCCAGGGAUCGCUGAGUCUCCCAUCCGCUGGUCCUUCACCACCCUACCACCCAGAGAAGCUAGGCAGUCCGGCUAUCGCCCAACCCCCCUUCAGCCCACAGAGUACCCUCCUACCUGGAGGAACGACCACCACAUCCAGCACUUCAUCCAACAUCCAGGGGUCCCAGGCCAACUACAUGCCCAGCGGAGUUGCACCGACAUCAGGCGCCACAAGGCCCUCGCCCCCCUACAGGACGGACAAGCCCCAUGUUAGUCCGUUGCUUCAACCCCAGCCUCAACCUCAACCCCAGAACCAACCCCAAACCCAACAUCCACAUCCAUACAGCACCCAGAACGGGUCAGGACCAAACAACAAUAUGUCUAGCCAGCUCUACAAAGCCAUGACUGCAGGUCAACCCAGCAGCCUCAAGCUACUAAUGCAACAACAACAACAACAACAGCAACAGUCGAACACACAGCAGCUACAGACUAACGCCCAGCUAGGACAACACCCGUCCAUGUCCAAACCAGGCAGUGGUGGCACUGUACCCCACCAAGAACCCCCAUACUCCUUCACUAACACCAAACCCCUUCGCCACUUUGACCCCAACCCGGACCACCAAGGAGGACAGCAGCAGAAGAUGGGGGGAGGUGGACCCCCUGGACAGGGACCCCCCAACCCCAUGGCAGGUUAUCGGGGAAUGCAGCAUGGGGGUGCUGCCGGAACAGCAGCAUCUGUAGCAGCGAACCACGCCCAUUUACUACAGCAGAGGAUGCAGCAGAUGGCAGCGAUGCAACAGGCCACAGCAGGAGCCUUGGGAGGGCCACAGCACUGUAGAGAGGAGCAGAUCCCAGGUCUUCAGGACCCAUCUGUCCCCCGUUCAACCCAGACCAACUACAACAACCUGCUGCUCAUCAGGAGGCACCUACAACAGGAACAGAAGAGGCAGAUGGAACAGAUGACUGAGUGUCAGCAGGGGGCAACAUUCACAGGUGGUGGUCGGCCUCUCCCUUCAGAUUGUGUUGGAGGCGGAGUUUACCCCCUGGGUGUUCCCCAGCUAUCCCACGGUGGUCCCCUCCCAUCUGGGCCCGGCCACCUCUCCCAUCCCCCUGGGCAUCCAGGCCACCCAGGCCAACCCGGACCCCCAGGAUCUCUCACCCAAGUGGGCAGGCCGGGAGGCGCCUUCAUGGGUGGUCCUCCAGGCUCCAAGCAGCCCCUCUAUCUCCCUUCACAGGGUGGAGAGUUUGUUGGUGCUGGUGGUAUGCCAAUGAGACAACCACAGUUGGCACACGGCAUGAUGGGAAUGGGCGGUCCUGCUGGUCCUCCAAGGCCUGGGAUGCAGCAACAGGUGUCCAGGAUGGGGAUGACAAUCGGGGGGUUGGGGCCCGGGUCAGGGCCUGGGUCGGGGUCUGGUCACCCACAGCAUCUACGACAGGCCCUGCACCAUAGUGGUGGAGGGGCACCACUCCCACGUAUGAUGUUUACCGCACAGCAAACACACCAACACCAACAGACUGCAAUGUGGCCUCCUCAGCAGCAAGGGGGGCUAGUGAAUUCCAUGCAGCAUCGCAUGCCCUGCAGCGAUGGCCACAUGGACCCGUCGGCUAAUCACCAGCAGUCGCACGGACACAUAUUUCCUGGAGGGGGUGGAGGCGCCAACGGAAGCUGCAACCCGAACCCCAACGCCCAGUUUACCCAGCAGGCAUUGCGAUCGGGGAUGCCCGGAGGCGGGGGUGGUAACAAUUUUGCCCCCCACCAAGGACCUCCAUCGUUACCCUCCAUCCAAGGGGUCGGGGUGCCGUCCUUACCCAGGAGACUGAUGCAGAAGCUGGGUGUAUCCACGGCAGGGCAGCCCCUACCCUCCAUGGUCCACCAAGGGCUUCAGCCUGGUAUGAGGCCCAGGGGACCCCUCUCGGCCCUGGCUGGAAUGAAACCCAUUCCCCCUGGUAUGAUCCACCACCCAGGCCACGGUAUGGCCCCACCUAGCUAUCCUGCCUCUGGGGCCGUCGUCGCCAAACACCCACACCAACAUCCCCAUCCCCAUGGGCCUGGGUAUGGACCAGGUCAGGGGAACCCUGGACACAAGCUACCCCCGUAUGAGUACACUCAGCGGGGGCAGAGUAAUGGGGGGAUGGGGGGUAGACCUGGUGGUGGUGGAGGAGGGGAGGUAGACUUUAUUGAUACUCUGGUGGGGUCGAACGAGGACUGGCUCAAUAACCUCACUAUGAUAGAUGAGUACCUGGAGCAGAACUCAUAGGCGUGUGGUCAAAGGGUAAAUGUCAGGGGUCAGUAAAUUGACCUCAUUCCUGUAUAGAAACACUGGGGUUAGGAGUGUGACAUGGACAGGGGAUAUAAAGGGCGUAUGAAGGCUUUAUAACUGGUAAUAACAGGUGUGUGUACAUUUCUAGAAGGUUGUAGAAAGUGCUAUGGUUAUACCUAACUUGAAUGGACGGUUUGAGUGAAUGUGAUUGGUUGCUUCAGAGUGAUUGGAGCACUACACAGCCAAUCCGCUGCUGCCGCAUAAACCAACCUCCCACCCCAAAAUGGCUACAUUCCCCACAAGGUGUGCUGUCCCUUAUCGCUGGAGGCCAUAUUGGAAAGAGGGAAUGGACUAAAAACGAAACUCACGGAACACAUGGAACACACAGAACCUCAUCAUCACAUGGUUACCUGGGAAACAGAAGCUUCACUCUAAAGAGCUAGCAACAGAGUAGUGGAGUCCAAGCAUUCUCAUUGGUUGUUUCUGUGUCUGAAGCUUGGACAUUGGACUAAUACAGUUAUUUGAAAUCCUCUCCCUUGUAGGGAUUUCUCCUAUCAAAGGGAUAGGUGUAUAAAACACACUGUGAUUGGAUAAAAUCAAUGUCCUCCAGCAAUGCAAUUGGUCCAAUGUUUUUCAGUGUAUUGUUGUGAUCUGUUUCUAAAAUAGCAGUUGAAUUUGCAACACCAAAUCUGAGGUUUACUUUUGUAUUUAAGUCAUUGAGUGUGAUUUGGAAGCAUAGCUCAAAAACACAACAAUUGCAGAUUAACCAUUCGGAUUAUCUCCUGGUCUCACAUAAGGUCUUUGAGCCAAUCAAAGGUGAAUUAAUAUACAGGGAAAUACAGCCAAUCCCUGAUCAAUUUGGGGUAAUAUAAAUCACUGAUUGGCCAAAGGAACUACAGAGGUGAUCAGCCAAUGUUGCCAUGGCAAUUUGUUAUCACUAUUUUGAUUGAGAUCAGUUAUGUGGAGGCUUGUACAUAGUAAACUAUUUUGAUUGAGAUCAGGUGUGUGGGGGCUUGUACAUAGUAAACUAUUUUGAUUGAGAUCAGUUAUGUGGAGGCUUGUACAUAGUAAACUAUUUUGAUUGGGAUCAAGUGUGUGGGGGCUUGUAAAUAGUAAACUAUUUUGGUAAACUGUAUCAUACACAAAAGAGAAGUACACAUAUUUAUACUUCUUUUCUGCAGAUUAAAAGUCUUCAGAUUCCCUUUGUACAUAAAUAAUAAAAUAAAAAGAUUGAAAUUAUAGCUCACAAAAUGAAAUCUGUUUUACACUAGAAUAAUCUUAUUUUAAUUUGUUUUAAAUAUGCAAGACAAUACAGUAUGAGUUUUUUCUCAGUAAUACUGUGUAUUACAAUGUUAUGACAUAAUUGUUAUGUUUUUGACAUAACGUGACUCCUGGUGCCCCAAUGGCAAAAGGGUUCUUUUGAAAGGUGAUGGAGAACAUUUACGAACACACACACACCAUCUCUCCAUCUCUCACUCUGGCACUACCCCGCACUCUAUACCUGUGAGGUGAAAGUUGAUCAUCUUGGUCCAUCUACUGUAGUGUAAUAUCUUUGUUCACAGACAAUAUAUCUGUCGAUUUAGACAUUAUCAACAUUUCAUUGCAAUCCAAGACUACCAUAUAAUCUGUUAGAUCUGUAUGACCUUUUCACAAGGUAAGCAACGUGUAAAGUGGAAGGCACUAUCAUAGAAUUAGAAUGGGUAGAACAGGCACACCCAUUCAACUCAAUUGUGCUAUUGGGUUCCAAUUCCUUUUGUUUCGUUCUAUUUCUAAUGGCACUUUGCUAUGUAUGUCAUUCCAAUACCCACAACAAUCUACUGUGCCACACUCUAUAAGGACACAUGUAAAUAGUCUAUAGAGUUGGCUCCUCUCCUUGUCUCCUUUCCUUCACUCACACUGAUCUGAACAAAAUUACCGGUCGGGUGAAAGCUGGUUUGCUAGUAGGAUUCCGCCAUAUUGCUUUCACCUAUCCUAUUCCUAUCCAUUCACAUUGGUGCUGAUGACAGAGAGGAGACGAGGAGAGUAAGCUUGUUAUGACUAUUUGGAGGCACCCCCAGCAGGGUUUCCCCUACCGUAGGACCACACGGCGAUUUAUAAGCCAUGACAAGGGGUUCAUCGAUUAUCUGUGAUUACAUUUCUGUUCUUGUCUUGAGUUUUUUUAUUUUAUAUAUAUAAUAAACUGUAUAGAUGGGAAAAAAGAAUGAAAAUAAAUGCCGUCUGGCUUUUUUAUUUCA